GCCUUAAAGAAUAAUAUCCGAACCUCAGAAAUUAUUAAACAAAAAGACCAAGAAAUCACUGCUCUUAAACUCCAACUCACCCAAAAAGAAAACCAACUAGAAAAAACCAUUAAGGAAUUCCAAGAAAAAGAAAAAACCAAGCACCAAGAAUAUUUAAAUAUCCUUACUAAAAAAGACCAAGAUUGGGAAACUAAAUUAGAACAGGCUUUAAAAAAACCUGCUACUGCUGAAAUGGGAACUCAGACUGAUAUAAAAAGAGGAGAAAUAGAAAAAAUGGAGCAAUCCAUUGUUAAAUACCAAGAACAAAUUACCCAGGAGCAAAACAAAGUCCAAGAAAAAGAAAGUGAAUUAGUUGAUUUAAGAGAGGAUAUAAAAGAUUUACAAGAAAAGGUGAAAGAUAAAGACACUAAUGAGGAUGAGAAAAAGAUUUUGGCUCAUUUAGAAAGAAUAACAGAUGACCAUGGUAUC